AUGAGUGACGACUCUUACCAGGUCUCUCUUAACACGGCUAGAGACCCUCCAGCACCAGUGCUCAUGUGGAGAGGUGCCUCAAUAACGACUCAAGAAGAUUAUUCGCUGUCUAUUCGAGCAAACCCGACGGACCCACCCCAGCUCACAGUAGGCCAUGUCGAUGGUCAUGAUCUAGUAAUCUUUGAUGAUGAAGGAGCGCCUGUGACCCUGAAGGAGGAAGAAUGGAGCUUAGUAGAAGUUCUACCGAGAGGAAGGGACUUAUACGAUCGAAUUAAGUUUGCAACUGAAGCUCCGAAGAGAAAAAAUAAGGGGAACUUGAGUCAGCAGCUGGCUCUUGAUGAUGGAUGGACCAUGAGAAUGGAGGAAUAUUGGAACGAUGGAUUAGAUGAGGAGCGGCAGGCAGAGUGGGACGCACUGCCUGAAGAGUCUCGCGAAGGACCCCGACCGACUAAAAGAGAAGACCCUGUGGUGUCUGGUGCUUAUGUGGGGUGGUCUUCCUACAUGAACGGACCGGUCUUUGUGAGGAGAGUGCGAACUAAGGGAAACACUUCCAACUCUCGGUUACAAGUAGGAAGUGCCUCCUUCGAAGGGAACGAAUUCAAAACAGAGCCCGAGGGGAGCGUCUCCGGCCGCCAAACCAUCCUCCAUCACUCCAUGCUGGUCCGUGGGAACCUAAUCCCUCUCAAGCUUUGGGUUAAUGGAGACGGAACGUUCUCCUCGCUGUUCAGUAAUGGAACACAAUCGCUAGAGCAAAUCAGAAAAGAGUCCGUCGAGACUCUUAAAGCAUUAUACAGGGGGUCUCAUAUCAGCCCGGUGGUUAAGUACGGACCUCUCUCUAACGAUCAAGUGGCGUUUGCAGCGCGCAACUUGGAUAAGCCCAUCAACCCGGCUGCAGAACCAGGACCUCGGAAUCCCCUCUGGGGGGACCUAGUAUGCGACGCCUCAAUAUUAAGACGAGGGACUAGCGGACUUUCGGGCUUCCGUAUGGGAGUCCCUUUUCUAAAGGCUAUGAACAUACCAGCAGAACUUCUGGAAGAACUGUGGAAGGUGGCACUCGCCUUCCCGAAUGACUUGCUUACCUGUGAGGAUAUACUACAUGGAUAUUUCUUAUGGUACGACAUUACCAUGGACUCUGAAAUGAGUCAGGAAGCGUCAAUUGCGGAAGUACAGAGGGGAACUAGGAGAGCGUCGACAGCCUGGACGGUCCCAACGGCGGAUGUGGUGGAGUGUAUACUGGGUCGCCCCCAUUAUCUCAGAUGGCACGAGGAACUAGGCCUCUCUGAGUAUGAACAUUUUUUCCGAUACAUCCACAGGAUGUUCAAAACCGACCGGGCCAGACCUGCAUUGUCCACCAACGGUUUCACCCUUGACGUGGCCAAGCUAAAGCGCCUCACAAUGCAGAUUACGUCGAAGGUCCCUGGCUUGAGCCCACAAUCCAGACUUGAAUUGCUGCCCCAUAUGAUCCCAGGGAGUAAAAUGCCAAGAAUGGUUCAUAUGGAACCGUACGUUUACCCCUCUGAGGCUGAAUUGGCAAUGACGGGUCUCACCUCUGUUUACUUGAAGGGACUCCCCAGUUACAGCGGACACGUGACUCCGAAGGAGACCACCGACAAGGUAACGCUGUGUGUCCCUACUCGGCUGGCCACCAACUCUUUCAUUGGGAGCCACAAACCACUUCGAGGGACUCAAUGGAGCCUACCAGAGCUGCUGGACGUCAUGAAAGUAAGGCACAGUCAAGACAGCGCAGAGACCUUGCUCCUUACAGCACCAUUUUUGACAGCAGGCCCCGUGUGGCAGCAAAACCGAGCUUCGAUCUCUGAGAUGUUUGAGCCACCCGGAACCCGAGGACCAGCUCCUGAUCUGGUGAAUCCAGACUGGAGUCUGUUCGACUAUCUUAGCUCCUCUUCUCGUACCACAUACCUACAUAAAAUGAAGAGUUUCAUAGAGCACUUAAUAGCCCAGGGUGUUACCAUCCCAGAUCACAAGAGCCUCAUCAUAGACCACUGUGGCAUGCCCGUCAUCGCUGGAGGACCCCCCAUGACGCGCCAGAUGUUGAGUAGGGUGCCUCCCGACAUUUUCCAUGGGAGGGGAGGAGAGGACCAAUUAAAUAUUAUGGUCACGGAAGCGAUAGUCCCAGUCCUGGAGGAGGACGAAGACCGGACGAGACCUACUCCGCUGCUAGCAACAGUUCUGGAAAUCAUUGAAACUGCACCAGUCCGAAGGCAUUUCGCGUGGAACAUAUUGUAUGCCAAGUUAUCCAACCCAGAAAAUUGCGAGUACCAAACUCGAGAGAGACUCUUGUGGGAGUUGGAGGAGACCGCAGAAGUGGAGGAUGUCUCCUGGCGGAAGAUGGAUGUUCUCGACCGAGAGAAUGUGGUUGAACUAAUGGAGGGACUUAUGGAUGCCAACUGGGAUGAGAUGGAGAAAGCCAUCUGUGAGAUGGUUGGAAUGAAUGUCCACCAGGUGGAGGGGGACCUUAUUACCGCCCUGAGGGAAUUGGAUGGAACCUGGGCUGAACGUUGCCAGGACCUUGGAUAUCAGUUGAGAAAACUCAAGGACUUGCCCGCAAUCAUCUCCAUGGCGGCAGAAUACCGCACGCAUGAGGUUCGUCGUUGUUGGCGCCGGCUGAAACCUGUCCUAGAAAAGGGGCGCCUACGCCCCUUGAUGGAAGGGGUCCUGGCACAGUUGAGAAUUCCACUUGCGGAGAGACCCCCCCUUCUGUUGAGACGUGAUGAACUGCCGGGAUCUGAGACCCUUGAUCAGAGGAUGGCUGUUUUGCAGCCGGGGUGCUUCUUGCUGGAUGACCCAUUCGACUCUGGCAGCGGGACGCAAUCGUCAGAUGACGAACCUUCGACCACACCAACUGGGGACUCUCCAUUGGCUACUGAACCAACCUCUGGGCCACUUGUUCAAAGCACUGCAUCUGAGUCACAAGAUGGAUCUAGGGAGCCAAUAUGCCCUAUUACUCCAACAGUCCCCACUGGUGCAGAGCCACCGACCCCUUCUACGCUACCAAGAGACCUCACAUUGUCUGCGGGAAACCGCCCUGAACCACCCGCUGAGAGUCUUGCGCCUGCGACAACCGUUGAAAACCUUUUGUCUGUCGCACUUGAUGUAUCGGGAGAGCAGCGACCCUCUAUCACUCCAUCUAUUUCAACUGGUGGGGAGCCCCCAGCUCUUAGACCCUCCGACCCAGCCGACUUGUUAGCCGGGACCCUCCCCAAAUCCUCGAAUAAUACCGAGAUGAGGGCUCUCUCGAUUAUCAUUGAUUUAACCAGUGAGGAGGAUGAACAAGAAGUGGUGGUGCCUCAUACCCCACGACCCUCAACGCUCAAAAGAUCUCCGUCUGCCGGACCCUUGCCAGAGGAGCUUGCACGAUCUCGACCCCAACCGGGAGGGUCCAACUUGAGACAGCCAAUGACCCAACGAAGGGGCCGUUUUCCCACUCCUGCAGAUAGGCUGAGCCAACGCUUCGGCACAGGACAACAGGUGCCCAUCGUUAGACCAGAGAUUUCGACCUUGCGAAGAGAGGGGCUCCCUCGUGCAUGGAAUCUAAUGGGACCGAGUGCCAGAGCUGCGGUAUUGGCUCCCACGGGGAUAGGCAGGAGGAAUCCUCAUCUAUUUUCUUUAGCACCUGCACCCAGUCUGAGAACCCCACCAACUGCGAACUUGGCUGCCCCGGGGUCUGGCGCGCGCGGGGGGGAGCGGUCUGUCGCUAGCCAAUUGGCACUCUCUGAACUGAAUUCGACAACUAGCGCCCUUGAGGGCCAAUCCGCAACCACCAGCCUCGUGGAAUCUAUGUUGGAAGACGGUGCCGGAGUCUCACCGGGAGAGACCUACGAAUCCGGCGGGGGCUUGGGCGGAGGACCAGAUGAAGAGUGA